ACGCCAGAAUGAAUGGUGAGCUGAUAGCUGGCCGCACCACGACGGCCAAGAGAGGAAACAGCACCUCCUACAGAUCCGACUAUGAGAUGGAGUAUGACAGAUACCCUGCUGAUCACUACAACAGGGUGUUUGACUGCCAGCGGGUCCCCUCCUCCAGUCCUGUGAAGCGGCGCCGGCCUUCAUCUUCCUCCUCCUCCUCUUCUUCCUCAGCAGCUCUGAGGAUGAAGAGCACCAGAGCCUCCUCUUCCUCUCACAGAAAACUGAAGAUGGCGGAGCUCCUGUCCAUAAAGAGAGAGCUGACGGUGAUCAAGGUUCAGAUCGACGGCCUGUUGGACUGUGUGGACAAGAUGGACCCUCGGAGGAAGGACUGCUCAGGUUCAGUCAGCAGUCUGGAGAGAGAGAGUCCCGAACCAGGAGAGGCGAGCGAGGAAGAGACGCUUCACUACUGCCCCCCCAGGAUAAAGCAGUUUGAGUCUGAUCUACAGGACGAUCUGUGAAACUGCAGAUCGUUCCAGAAAAAGAAAUGGAAACUGGGAUUGGUAACAGCUGGGAUUGGAUAUUCCCAAAAGAGUUGUUGACAGGAUCCUGAACUGUAUUGGAGUGACUCUCCUCCACCUAAAUCUGUCUCUUAUCUGCCCAUCACUCUCAGUUUGAUUUCUCUUCUGCGGCACCACCUUCAGUUCUGGUUUCCAAUCCACAAUGACGACAAAAUCCCCAAUCUGUUCCUGGUACAUCACUGUGCUCCAUGCCUACAUGCUAUUAUAUUAUUUAUUAUUCUGUAGGCAUAGCCAGAUAGACAAAACAUACAUUUUCUCUACCAACAGAUUAAAUUGGCCCCGUUUAUUGCCCUUGCUCCGAUGUUGGACUCCUAUCUGAUUAAAGUUAACCAAAUCAGCGAUAGAGCAGCUGGCAGCUCCUUAUUACACCCUUUAUUUUCAUUAGGUGUGUUAUAAUAAUGAUGUGUAACCAGAUGUGUACAGGAAGCCUCUGGGUGAAUUAUAUUUGGGAAAUCAGUGUUAAGUGAUUGACAGACUGGUAAUUUCCUGAAAUGAAGAUUAACUCUUGAUUAAAACUGCAUGUAGUGCAUAUAAACAACUGGGACAUCAUUUGGUUCAGGCUAGCUAACAGCUCAGAAGCAAAAUGAGUUUGUUACAUGUAAGCUAACAGUUUGUUUACGUUAGCUAACAGCUCUGUAGCUAAAAGAGUUUGCUACAUGUAAGCUAACAGUUUGUUUACGUUAGCUAACAGCUUAGAUGCUAAAAUAAUUUAUACAUGUUAGUUUACACCUGGUUUACAUUAGCUAAUAGCUUAGAUGCUAAAAUAGUUUCCACAUGCAAGCUAGCAGUGGGUUCAGGUUAGAAAAUACAGUAGCUGAAAUAGUUUGCUACAUGUGAGGUAGGAAUUGUUUUGGUUUGCUAAUGGUCUAGCAAAGAAAACUAAUUUCUUAAUGUUAGUUUAGCAGUUUUGCAACAACAAAGUUUGUAGAGGUUUGGUCGGUUUAGCAAAUAAAAUAGGAAAUUGUCAAGAACACAGUUUAGUCAAUCUUAGGGCCUGUUAAAGGAUGUGUUUGGUUAAAGUAGCUGGUCCUGGUUUAAUACAUAAAACAAUGUAAGAGUUCAGUGGCUAAAGCAGUACGCUAAAUGUAAGCUAACGGAAGCGCUAACAGUUGGUUAGCUAACAACUAUUUAAAAGAGGAAAUCUUUGGGUUUAGCUUAGACUGUAUAUAAAGGUUUAGCUUCUUAAGGAUCAGAUUGGCAGGUUUCUUUUGUUCAGUUUAGCGGCUCAAACAACUAAUUUAGUAAUCUUUGAAUCAAUAAACUCCAAGAAGUGGUCAAAAUGUGUCAUCAGCCGACUAAAUGGCUCAUUCUCUGAAUCGGGUGCCCUUUGUGUCCCCCAAGCUUACUUCAAAGAUUUUAAAUGAAAGGAAACUACACAAUGUAUGUUAAAGCAUUGAAUUAAAGGAACAGGGUUUUUUGCAUUACAAUGUAAAACGAAAUAUAUAUUUUUUGUUAUUGUUUUAUAAUAAUUAGUUGUCUUUGUAGUAGACAACACAAAUUUGUGCAUGUCCUCACUGAGCAUCAUCACAUAUUCAUUGAAUAUUAAACAAAUAACAAUUGCCAAUUAUACCAACAUUUUGAUGCUAAUAUAAUCAUAUGCGUGUGUACUUUAACUGAGAAAAAAAAAAACAUGAAUUAUCUAUGAAAUUGCACUAUUGACACUCGUCCCCCAGUUUGUUUCAAGCCCGUCACGCUAUACAUUUGACCCCCCUAUUAAAAUAAUGGAUCAGUCCAUGUGACAUCUGCUUUGAGGGAGUGACAUCACAGAAGUCUAUUGAGGAAAAGGUGGCAAAGAAAGGCAAGUGUCAGUAUCUUCUCUUACCUAUAUUUUUUAUUGUCAGAUUGAGAUUGUCAUGGUCAACAUUUCAACUCUGUUGUAUGAAUUACUUAUGGUAAACAAUUAUUUAGGAAAAUAUUACAAUUUUAUGAUGUCCUUAAAUUCCAUGUGGUGCUGUCUUAGCUAAACAAGGUCUCAUGGCUACUUUUUACCAAAAACUUCAACCCGUCACAUUUUUUCAAAGAUAUUCCUAGUAAUUAUUUAUAUUUUGUGCCUGAGGUGCGGAAAUGUGUUUUCUCAAAGUGUUAAAUAGUCCACUACCAGAUGUUAUGAUCACAAAUGCAAAAAAUGUAGUUUCAUUUUUCAAAAAGGUAAAGACCCAAAAGGCACCCGAUUCAGAGAAUCACCCAAAUUCUAAAAGGGUCAUAAGCCUUAUCCAUUUACGACAUUAAAACUAUGUGUUUACUGUGUAGUUUUCUUGUGGAGGUCCAUUCAAUGCUGAAGUCUAACUCUAUAGCGUUAGGUUUGCAAUAACUGGAAUGGUGGAUAUACUAUUUGUCUCUUACUUUUAAUUGUAAAUGCAUAUUUGAAAAAUCCAUAAAAUGGCAAACUUUUGGCUUCAAAAAGGAUGCCGUUUAAUUUCAUUUACGUCCAUGAAACAUUUAGAGCAGGGGGGUCAAACUCAAAUACACAGUGGGCCAAAAUAAAACAAUGGGUGCUAGUCGAGGGCCGGACUGGUUCAAUGUUUAUUGCAAAACUUAUUGAAAUGAACUUAUUGCACAUAUUCAACCUGGAACUAACAAAGCUUAAAUGAUUGCCUAUAAAAACA